CUGAAUCAGAUUUUCAAUUUUGUCCCUUUUAUCAUCAUCUUCCUUUGUAUUCAUUCUUCACUUCUCUUCUAUAUAUAAAAGUUGUAAACCACUUUCAUUUUUCUUGCAACAAAAUUUUUACACAACAAAACACAGGCUCUUUGAGUCAAAGAGUUACACCGCCAGCUUUUGAUUCAUCUGCUGCUUCCAACCUUCUGCUCUGUCAUAGUUUUACCCUUUUGGUUUUAUCUUUUCAGUGUGAGGGGAAGCGUCUUCUUUGUGGCCGCAUGUCUACGUAUUGCUUCAUGGGGUUGUGAGUAGUCAGUUUGGGAUUUUGAACUCUUUUUUCGCUCGUGAAAUGGGUGAUUUAGAGAUGGGUUCGGUGCUCAAGAGGAAGCUUGAGAGUUUAUGUUGCAGUAAUGGGUGGUCUUUUGGUGUUUUUUGGAGUUUUGAUCAACAAAACCAAAUGUUUUUGACUUUGCAAGAUGCCCACUAUGAAGAACAAAUGGCCACAGUGGUUGAUAAGAUGCUCUUACAAGUCCACAUGCUUGGUGAAGGAAUAAUUGGUGAAGUUGCUCUCACUGGGAAGCACAAAUGGAUGUUCUCUGAUGUUCUUGGUGGAGAACGAAACUCUACUAGUCCUAUUGGAAGUCAAGAUGUGUUUCAGGAUGAUUCAGACUUUCAUCACCUAUUUUCAUCAGGAAUACGGACAAUUGCAUUGAUAUCAGUGGAGUCAAGAGGAGUGGUACAGUUUGGAUCAACCCAAAAGAUGUUGGAGAGUAUGAAAUUUUUAGAUCAAACAAAAAAAUUGUUACAGGACAUGGAAAAUUCUGAUGGGCUUAUACAAUUGGAAAACCCACCGACAUCAUUGAACAGGGAAACAGAUGAUAUUAGUGCUAUCUUUGCUUCACUAAUAUCCUCCGGAAAUUCCUUAAAUGACAAUUUUGGUCCUGUACAUGAUGGCAGCUCUAGAUUAUUAAAGGGAAGCCCAUGUUUGUUAUCAGAUCUUAUUCAGCCCUCCACUUUCACAUCAGGGAUUGACCACAGAAGUAUCCUAUCUUCUCAUCUUUGUAACCAAUUGCAAAUUCCCAGCGGAGAACCUCAAGUCCUAUCACCUGAGAAAUCUAAUGCUCUGUACCAGCCAAUGUUCAUACCAUCUACUUCAGUUAAAGACUCAGUUGCCAAUACCCCCUGCUUGAGUUCAUGGAGUAACGAGGAUUCUAUUUUGACUGCGCUUGAGCAGCCAUUUCCUUUUGGAAGUGUAGUCCAGGAUUCUUCAAAUGUAUGUUCUGCAAAAGCAGAUGCUUUUGUCCAUAAUUCCUGCACAAAGGGAUUGGUUAGCAUAGAAAAAAAAAUGCCAGACAUUGUAGGAGAGAUGAUGGAAGAUUUAUCUCAGAUAAGUGAAACUGAAGCUAAACUCCCUGAUAUGGCAACUAAUCUACCUAGAUUCCCAGAGGAGUUUAAGCCAGUUGAUUUCGCUGCAUAUUUCUCAAAUUCCUGUAAAGUGGAAGAUCUAUCUCAGUUAUUCAGUCCUUCACAAGACAAUUCUGAUCUUUUAAAGUCAAUAGGAUCCUCUUCAGUUUUAUCUGGUAUGGUUCAAGGUGAUGUUUCAGUUGACAUUCCAACUAAACAUCCAUCUAACUCAGUUCAAAGUUCAAUCAGCAAUUCAUUUGUAUGUAAUGGACAAGAGAAUUUUAUGAAUGUUCACAGCCGGGAAAAUGAUCUGUUUGAAAGUUUGGGACUUGAUUUUGGAUGUAAAAGAUCUGGGAAGCGCUGGGAAGACUGUAUAAAGCCUGUAGUGGGUGGUGAUCAUUCACCUAUUAGCACUUGUAUGCCAGAGUGCGUAACAGACUUGGAUGUUGGCUCCAAAGGUGGCCCCCGGCGAGGGCUAUUCUCUCAAUUAGGGCUUGAGGAGAUUUUAAAUGGUGUUAGUAGUUCUAGUUCUUUUAGUCGAUGUAAUUUUGAGGAUCAAUUAUCCUCCGCCAAAAGAAGGAAAGUGGAAAGUUUUUCCUCUGACAGUAAUCAAGUUCCAUUGACAAAACUUUCUUUCUCUGAUAGAAGCAUGGGUUUAAUGCAGCCUUUCUGUAACCAGGAGAUGCAUGAUCUUGUGCACAAGAAAGAUCUUCUUCUAAAGUCACAAGUAGGUUUAUGGACUGAUGAUGGCUAUAGCAUCAAUGCUGAAAAUUCUGCUGUUGCAACAGCUAAGAAGCCUGAAAAACCUUCGAAGGUUAGCCGCAAAAGGGCCAGACCUGGGGAAAGUAUUCGUCCCAGGCCCAAAGAUCGACAGCAGAUCCAAGACCGUCUCAAGGAGUUGAGAGGGAUCAUCCCUAAUGGUGUAAAGUGUAGCAUUGAUGCAUUGUUAGAUCUCACCAUCAAACACAUGCUUUUCUUGCAAAGCAUAACAAAAUAUGCAGACAAGCUGAAAGAAGCUGAUGAGCCAAAGUUGAUUGGCAAGGAGAAGGGAGUUCUUAAAGACAACAUGUCUAGUCAUAAUGACAGUGGUGGUGCUACAUGGGCAUUUGAAGUAGGGGGUCAGACAAUGGUUUGCCCGAUAAUAGUUGAGGACUUGAGUCCACCAGGUCAAAUGCUCAUUGAGAUGCUUUGUGAGGACAGAGGAUUCUUUCUAGAAAUAGCAGACAUAAUUAGGGGUUUUGGUUUGAAUAUUUGGAAGGGAAUAAUGGAGAUUAGAGAGGAUAAAAUAUGGGCACGCUUCAUAGUUGAGGGAAACGGGCAGGUAACAAGGAUGGAUAUAUUUUGGUCCCUUGUUCAACUUCUACAACAAACAUCCACUUUUGGAACUGAUUCAGGCAACCAGGCGAGUAAGGCCAUGGAUGUUGGGAUUCCUCUAUUAAAUAGUUAUCAGCAACCUCUGAUGCCUGUUGCCACUUCCAAUCAGCUUGGCUGAGACACUUCAAUCAUCGUGGACGAUAGAAAACGGUUUCAGAGAUACCUUGAGCAUUCAGUUCUUGGCCUGCGGUGAUUGGUGUUCUGAAAAUUGAAGAGCUAGCCACUGCUGAAUAGCCUUAAGGUGGCUCUUCAUUCCACAUCGGCCAUCUUGGAAAUGAAAAAGUGAAAUGUGCAUAAGGUUGAUAAGUUCUAGGAAGUACAUUUGAAGAGAAGGCAUUAGACCAUUCUGCCUGAAACAAGUCCUGAUUAAAGAUGGGAUUUUGACACUGUGCAUGUCUUAGCCUUGCACAGGAAGCAAAACCCACUGCAGAAACUUGCCUUGCAUGUUACGUAUGACAGACAAACAUUAAAACAUGGCAUGAGUGGUGCUGAAGUAUGUUGUUUCAUGUUUCUUUCUUGUUGAUCUUGCCACAACGUGCUAAUUGUUUAUAAUUUGCAGCUGAUGUUUUAGUUAGUAGUUUGAUUAGUAAAAUUGCAGAGAUUUACUCCA